AGAACGUCAACAAGGGAGCAGGAAUGUCAUUCACAUUCGUAAUUUGACAGAAACAACGUCGAAUCUUCUGUAAUAUAUGUAUAUAACGACGUCAUCAUGGCUUCAAUUUUACCAGAAAAGAGGAAGAUGUUGACGAAGAUUGAAGCAGUUCGUUUAUCAUCUCAUAACUUCUGGAAAUGUAAAGAAUAAUGGAUGUGACGCAAGAUGGUAAACAAGGAGCCGAUGGCGACAAGCGACGUUGUGGAGUUGAUGGCAUCACACGACACGCUUGUCAAGAAAAUUACUUGCUACCAUGUUGCGGAUCAGUGUUCGAAAAAUGGGGAUUUAGCACUGUUGACUGCAAACCUGCUCCUUAAGGAUACAUCCGAUGCCAACCCAACUGUACGUAGUGCCAGCAUAUCUGCCUUGGCAGCACUGCCCGGCAUUGAAGAGAGCUCUGUCAGGGCUAUUACAACUGCCUUGUCUGACCAAGCAGCUAUGGUACGCAGAGCAGGAGCUGUAGCAUGUAUGAGACUUCAUAGCCAUGCUCCUCAGGUUGUGCUGGAGUGUGGCUUAGUUAAUGCCUUGUAUGAAGGGCUAAGAGAUUCAGACCCAAUAGUCAUAACCAACUGCAUACUUGCCCUAGACAGCAUUCUCAACAAUGAGGGAGGCAUAGUUGUAAACAAAAAUAUUGCGCACUACCUUCUCGGAAGAGUGAUGCAGUUCUCCGACUGCAAUGCUGUUUAUGUAUUGACCUUGUUGCUCAGGUACACACCAAAAAAUGAAGAAGAGAUUUUUGCCAUGCUUAAUGCCUUAGAUGAAAUACUAACCUCCAAAACCCCAGCUGUACUUAUAGCUUCUGUGAAGCUCUUCAUUCAUCUAACAAAAGAUCAUCAGCAUCUGAAGAACGAUAUGCUUGAGCUGAUACAUGUCCCUAUUUGCAAAAUCCUCAGCAGAAACAUUCCUGAGACAUCUUUCUUGAUGGUAGAGUUCUUGCAGACACUAGAAGACAUCAGGGAAGUUUUUGGGCCACAUUAUAAGUAUUUCUUGGUCAGAUCUAAAGACCCAGGUUACCUUAAAACACAGAAGCUCAAAGUACUACCUUUAGUUAGUACAGAUUCCAAUGUGUGCCAACUCAUAGAGGAAGUAAAACCAUUCUGCAGUGAUUACCAGAGUUUUCGGGAAGCAGUCAGUUGCUUAGGAAAACUGGCUUCGAUGAAUAGCACUGCUUACAAGAUGUGUCUUUGUACACUUGAAUCCCUUCUUGAUGUACCUACAGAGAGGGUAGUGGUUGCUGCCUUGGAGUGCCUUUUGACCAUCAUUUCUCCAGAUUUAGUGAUGAAGAAUGUGACCCAACCAAUGGAGAGCAAAAUGGAGCUCCUAGAGGGUGCAGUUGCAAAGAGUGAGCCCCAGGGAGAAGACACUCAUCAGCUUACAGACAAAGCAAAGCAAAAACCCAAAAUUGGACCCUUGAGGGAACUGCCAGACCUACCAAAAGAACUCAUAGCAGCAGUAACUCGGGCAAUAUCGAGGAUUGCAGUCCAAGAAGCUGCCCUUACUCUAGUCCUGCAUGCAUUAGGAACAUUGGCUGCUUAUAUAGACACAUCUCAUGAUAUUGUGGAAAGUAUAUCUCCCCUUUCAUUAGCAGCUGCAUCAACUCAUGCUGAUUUAGUCACCUGUGCAGCACGUGUCUUUCUUGCUCGACCAGCACAGAUGCAGCUUAUUCUGUCAGCAAUUCUCACAAGAGCUCUCAAGACCCCAGGGCCACCAGCCUCACGUGCAGCCUUAGUGUAUGGGGCUCUUAUGGAAGGCCCUGAAAAUGCAGCUUAUCUCCUCAGGGCUUUUACCAAAUGCAGCUGCCCAACCUCAGAGGAGCAGGCUGUUUAAAAGUAUUUAUAUAUUUGCUUUCUCUACAUCCAAAAUGUCUAAUGUUGUCAAGUGUUAUCAUGGUGUUAAGAUUAAAAACAAAAAAUAAACCUGUUUUGCAUCAAAUAAUUUUCAAUGAAAAACAAAAGAACAAUGCACAAAUAUGUUGUAUCAGUUAUGACUGGAGACUGGAUAAAGAAUAAAACAUUCAAGUUGAAGUUGACAAGUUCAUCUAUGUAUAUAAAAAAAAAAAUCUUCAUUGUAUGGUGAAAUCCCAUUUGUACAAUUAUAGAAUGACUGUAUUAAGCUCUGCAUUUCAGCUCCUUUUCAAAGGCACUGUAACAUGCUAAGGUGUCAGGUGCUUCAUGUUGUAAGGAUUACUGUGUUAUCUCUAAAAAUGCUGUAUGCUGUAAAUUUUCUUUUUGUUACUGUUCUAGUCAAAUGACUAUUUAUUACUGUUAUUGUAAACACAUGUUCUUUGUAUUCAUUGAUUUCAUACACUGUAAUAGCUGCUUCUUCAUCUUAUUCCAGUAAUUUUCCUCGGGUAAAUAAUAAUGAUUCAGAUCAGAACUUAAUUUAGUAUAAUUUGAAAAAGCCAAAUUUUGUAAUAAAUAGCCACAAUUUUAGUCCCUAGAGAUCAGAGUAGUGAAGUACAAUCUACAAGUCUCCACUGAAAGCCGCUUUGCAUAUUACAAAUGAAUGCAUUAGUUUUCUUUUGUGAUUUUAGUUUACUUACUACAGAUUUCAUUUGAACACUGCCUUUGUAUUGAUUAUCAUGUUUUCUUUGUGGAGAUCACCAUUUUUUUAUGUAAAGAUUUAUCCAGAUGUUUUAUUUUAAUAAUUUUCUUUGUUACUAAAUCUGUAUCUUUUGGCAGAAGGCAUCAUAAGAGUGGUCCUUUUCAUAACUGUUAAAUAAAGAACACAGAUCUAAUGUAUAUACCCUGUACAGGUGAAUGUAUUUCAGCAUUUGUUUAAGUUUUGAAUUUAUAAAAGUAUGUAUGUGAAUGGAA